UUGGAUUUCUUCUCAAGAGUAUACAUUCGGACCGGAAACUGGCAUUGCGCUCACAUCCGACUCAAACACCAUCCGAUGGCCACCAAAGUCGCUCAGAAAAGGCUCCAGAAGGAGUACCUCGCCAUGCAAAAGAGUCCCCCUCCCUUUGUCUGGGCAUGCCCGGAGGAGAAGAAUAUCCUUGACUGGCAUUUCAUCAUCCGUGGCCCUCCUGAUACUCCUUAUGAAGGAGGAGAAUUUCACGGACUCAUCUGGUUUCCCAGCGACUACCCUUUCAAGCCCCCAGAUGUCAAGUUUUUCACCCCUUCUGGACGAUUCGAGAUUGGGCAUAAGAUCUGCAUGAGCAUGACCUCUUACCACCCUAGCACGUGGAAUGCUGCCUGGAGUGUCGCAACCAUUCUUACAGGUCUUCUCAGUUUCAUGCUUAGCAAUGAGAUCACUGCAGGUGGCGUGAAGACUACGGACGAGGAAAAAAGAAUCUUGGCCAGGCAGAGCCAUGCGUACAAUCUCAAGAACAAAAAGUUUAGAGAUGUGUUUCCCGACUACGCUACUCCCGAGAUGACUGAUCUUCCCGAUAUGGGUGUGCCCCCGGCAUCUGUGAGUGCUCUACUCGAUUUGGUUUGCUGUAUCGCGACCUGACUCUGAUCUCGUUGAGGUGUCCAAAGACUCCAAGCCAAUAGACCCGUCUCUUCAAUCUUCAUCAACCCCUCAAACGAAUCCUACUCCUAUUCCACCUGCUACUCUUCCUCGAACGCAAAAUCCCAUACAAGCGAGAGCAGAGCAACGAGCGCAGCGGCGUGUUGCUGGGAACUGGCUUCCUAGCUGGCGCUGGGUGAUGGCUGUUGUUGUCCUGGCGGUACUGGGUAGACUCUCUUCGUUUGUUGGAGUUUGAUAGAUUGAGGCGAUUUGGGCUGUUGUAUCAUGUACGAGCUUGCUACGCUAUCGGAAUUUCAUACCCAUGCCGGAUAGGCCAUCUCGGUCGCAUCAUCAGCUGCCUCAAAGUUACUCCAUAUGUGACCAGAAGCGCCUCACCUACUACUUUACGACACGACAAGAUCUUACACGUUAUCAUGCAGCGGACAGUCCGCGCUCCAGGUAUAUCAAAAGUGAUGCGUUGCAAAAAACCAGUAGAGUACGAGUACUAUCCGAGUACAGUGAUGUACCUAGGCCAGGGAAGACUGAAGCCGCCCCUCUCUACACUUCUAC